AUGCCAGCCGACAUCCUCACUAUCGCCGUAAUUGGCACAGGCCUCAUUGGGCCAAGACACGCCCAAAGCGUGCAGUCAAACCCGGACGCGAGGCUGCUCUGCGUCGUGGACCCUCGGCUUGAAGCGAAGGAGGUAGCUGAGGCCUUCGGCGUGCCCCUUUUCGAGAGCAUUAAGCAGAUGGUAGCAGAGGGUCACCGUCCAGAUGCUGCGAUUGUGUGUACUCCCAACAGCACACACGUCGCUGUGAGUUUAGAGCUCUUCAAGGAAGGCAUUCAUGUGCUUGUAGAGAAGCCUAUAUCCAUAGACAUUGCUUCUGGAAAGCAACUCAUCACUGCUGCCGAAGAGGCAGGAAGGCAUUUGCUCGUUGGUCAUCAUCGACGCUUCAAUCCAUAUGUCACAGCUACCAAGAACGCACUGCUUGAGGGGGCAGUUGGUCGUCCCAUAGCAGUCUCAGGCCUCUGGGCAACCUACAAGCCAGGUUCCUACUUCGCACCCCCAACAGCAUGGCGUGCAGAGGCCUCCAGCGGCGGCCCCAUCCUUAUAAACCUCAUCCACGAGGUCGACAUCCUGCAAUAUCUCCUCGGUCCCAUCUCCCGCGUGCACGCCGAGAAGACACUUUCUCAACGCGGACAUCCAGCAGAAGAAGGCGCCGCGAUCCUCCUGCGCUUCGCCUCCGGCGCCGUAGGGACCUUCAUCCUCUCAGACGCCACGCCUUCUAAUCACUUCUUCGAGAGCGGCACUGGUGAGAAUCCCAAGCUGCCACAUUCUGGCGAGGAUUUCUACAGGAUCUUUGGAAGUGAGGGGACGUUAAGUGUGGGUGAUAUGAAACUUCAGAGAUAUAGAGAGGGGGGGCAAAGGACUUGGGAGAGGUUGUUGAGCGUGGAGGAUGUGGAGGUUGGGAACGAGGUGCCGUUUGAUGAGCAGGUGAAGAAUUUGGUGGGCGUUAUUAGGGGAACGCAGGAGCCGAGAUGCACGGGGGCGGAUGGGUUGAGGGCGUUGGUUGUUUGUGAUGCUGUCAAGAAGGCUAUGGAGACGGGGCAGGCGGUUGAUAUAGAAUGA